ACUCGCGGGCCGUGGCGCCGCCUCCUGCUCCCCGCGGCCUCCCUGCCUGGGCUCCGCCAAUCAGCGCCCGCCCGCGUCACUCUGAGGGCAAAGAAACACGGAGAAAGGGGAAAAAAAAGUUUGGUGAGGAGCGAGCGGGGCCGGCGGGCGCGGCGGGCCCGGCGCAGAUCUGAUUAUUCCAGUGCAGUAGUACGUCUGGGAUUGAAAGCAGCGAGAGGAAUCUCAGAAGUUCAAGAUUACUGAAAUCUCAUCAGUCUGGUUUAUAGACGAAGGGAGAAUGGCUCAAGAAACCAACCGUAGCCAAGUGCCUAUGCUUUGUUCCACUGGCUGCGGAUUUUACGGGAAUCCUCGCACAAAUGGCAUGUGCUCAGUGUGCUACAAAGAACACCUUCAAAGGCAGAACAGUAAUGGUAGAAUUAGCCCUCCUGCAGCCUCUGUCAGUAGUAUCACCGAGUCCUUACCGGUCCAGUGCACAGAGGGCAGUGCCCAGGAAACUCAGUCCACUUUAGAUUCUACAUCGACUCCAUCUAUGCAGCCAAGCCCUGUGUCCAGUCAGUCACUUUUAACAGAAUCUGUAGCAUCAUCCCAAGCGGAUAGUACGGCUGUGGACAAAACAGUACCUGAGACAGAAGAGUUGCAAGCUUCAGUGUCAGAGAAUGCAGAGCCUACACCUGAAGAACAGGACAAGUCGCUUGAUAAACCAAAACAGAAAAAGAAUCGUUGUUUCAUGUGCAGGAAGAAGGUUGGACUGACUGGGUUCGAAUGCCGGUGUGGGAACGUUUACUGUGGAAUGCACCGUUACUCAGAUGUACACAGUUGCUCUUACAAUUACAAAGCUGAUGCUGCUGAGAAAAUCAGAAAAGAGAAUCCUGUAGUUGUUGGGGAAAAGAUCCAGAAGAUCUGAACUGCUGCUUCUGCUGGAAUACAAAAAUCUUCUGACCAUCUGCAGAUUAAAUUGACUUGAGCUUUUUUCCUUAGUCAUCAGGAACGUAGAGCAGUGUAUCUUGCCUAGACCUUUUAAUCAUGCAUGUCAUCAGAUGAAUAGAUUUUUUUUUUGUUUUCGUUUUUUUUUUGUUUCAUUUUGAAAAUGACUCUGAACAUUAUUUUCAUUGCAGUUUUCUGUGGCUGAAGACUUAAGUAAACUUUACAAGUAUUAUCCUUUAAGAUCAUUUUAAUUUUAGUUGAGUGCAGAGGGCUUUUAUAACAAACAUGGAGAAAAUAUUGGAGGGCUGUGCUUUUCCAGGAUAAAACAUGCAUGCGUUAACUUUGCAGUUUAUUUUCUUGUUGUAUAUAGCUUUUCUCUGCAGCACAAUUUCCUUUUUUUUUUUUUUUUUAUUGAUAAUGCCUUGUAUGGCACAACUAGUUAUCAGUAACUGAAUGUAUUUUAAUCAUUAUGGCUGCUUCUGGUUUUUUUUUCCCAUUAACGAGAGGUUAUACAUGUUCGCAUAUUAGCUUGUUUGCACCCUCUACCUAUUUAUGUAUGAAUCAUUUGUAAUGAGAGUGUGUGCUGAGAUUGUGUGGGGGUUUUUGUUGUUUUCUUUUUUUUUUUUAAUUGGGGUUUGUUUUUGUGUGUGUGGGGGGAAGGCUGUAUGCACUUCAUUGACUGCAGUUUUCAUUGGGAUUACAUCCAUCAGUUUGUCUGUACACAAAUAUGAAGAAUGAUCUGAAGUACCUGUGCUGUAUUUAUGUUUAUCCACGUCUUAACUUUGAUUAAAUAAAAUUUAAAAAAAUCCGAGCCCUUGUGGCUGUCACUGGCA